UGGAGUUAACGAAUAUAGCAGACGGGAGUGUCACAGACAGUUUACUUCAGCCAGAAAAAGAACAAAUGGAAGGAACAGGAGAAGAAUUAAAGAAAAGUAAUUCGCGUUUCAAAGUAGCUAGAGUUGACUUUGUUGAUGAAAUUGGCGAUACCGAACAGAAGAAAAUCGAACCGUUGAAAUUGGUCGAACCCGACCGGUCUAUCACUGACCAUGUUGACAGAGGACCCGAAUCGCCGUCAGCGACGUUUUCAAUCAGCGGCGACACGUUCAGUCACUCCUACGACACCAGCAACAACAAGACGUGUGCCAUGAUGAACACACACGAGGCCCUGCCAUGUUUGGAUCAUUACAGAAACAUAUUUUCGGCAACAGGCGAGUUGAAGUCUCGACCAACACUGGCACAGCUUCACGAAGAAAUGGAUGAUGACGAUGUCCGAGGACACACCAAAGAUCCGUUAAUGUCCAGAGAAGAAAUGGCUGCAGCAGAUGCAGCUAUUGCUGAUCCGACAGACAAGGCUGCACAAAAGUCAAAAGGUGCACCCAAGUUUGGCUGGAUUAAAGGCGUCUUGAUACGCUGUUUGUUGAAUAUCUGGGGGGUGAUGUUGUUUAUUCGACUGUCGUGGGUCGUGGGACAGGCUGGUCUUGGUUUGAGUAUUCUGAUCAUCUUGUUGUCUGCUGUGGUGACCACACUCACAGCGCUGUCCAUGUCGGCCAUAUGUACAAACGGAGAGGUCAAGGGAGGUGGUGCAUAUUACAUGAUAUCUCGAAGUCUGGGGCCAGAGUAUGGAGGAGCUAUAGGUCUAGUGUUUUCUGUGGCCAAUGCAGUGGCUGUGGCUAUGUAUGUUGUUGGUUUUGCGGAAACUGUCCGAGACUUACUCAAGGUGCACAAUGCGUUGAUGGUAGAUGAAACAAAUGACAUCCGGAUUGUCGGAGUUAUUACAAUCACCUUACUUCUAGCCAUUGCCAUCAUUGGUAUGGAGUGGGAGGCUAGAGCCCAGCUGAUUUUGUUGGUAGUGUUACUUAUUGGUCUAGUCAACUUUGUUAUUGGUUCGUUCAUUCCUCCCACAGAAGAGAAAAGAAUUAAGGGUUUUGUUGGUUUCAGAGGUGACGUAUUUUUGGAAAACUUGUCACCGAGUUUUAGAGACGGCGAGGAAUUCUUCUCAGUUUUUUCUAUAUUUUUUCCUGCUGCAACUGGAAUUCUAGCUGGAGCUAACAUAUCAGGUGAUUUGAAAAAUGCCUCAUCAUCAAUACCAAAAGGUACACUGCUGGGCAUUCUGAUAUCGUCACUGGUGUACUUGCUUGUGGCGUUUCUUUUGGGUGGAUGUAUUGUGCGUGAUGCUACGGGCUACAUUGUCCCUGUUACUGUUGCUCAAGUGAUGAUGAGUCAGAAUGUGUCAACCACAACGACUACCGCAACAGCUGCGGUGUUGACGAUAGCACCAAAUGUGACGCGGCUGCCGGUACCGGAGAGUGUGUUCAGAAACUGUUCCUAUGCAAAAGAUGGCGUAUGCUUGUAUGGCCUGAUGAACGACUAUCAGGUGAUGGAAAUGGUUUCUGGAUUUGGACCUCUGAUCACGGCAGGCAUUUUCUCUGCAACAUUAUCCUCUGCUCUUGCAAGUCUUGUAUCUGCACCUAAAGUCUUCCAAGCUGUGUGUAAAGACAAAAUCUUCCCGUAUGUUCAUAUCUUUGCCAAAGGGUAUGGUUUGGGAGAUAACCCCCGUCCUGCCUAUGUUCUAGCCUUUGUUAUUGGACUAGGCUUUGUUUUAAUAGGUGAUCUAAAUGCUAUUGCGCCUGUGAUAUCAAAUUUCUUCUUAAUGGCAUACACACUUAUCAACUAUUCCUGUUUCGAUGCCUCCCUAGCCCGGUCUCCAGGCUGGAGACCUGCAUUCCGUUUUUACAACAUGUGGAUAAGUUUGAUUGGAGCACUGAUCUGCCUCAUGGUGAUGUUUGUGAUAAACUGGUGGACAGCUCUCAUCACACUGGGCAUCGUCAGUGCCUUGUUUGUGUAUGUCCAUUACACAAAGCCAGAUGUUAAUUGGGGUUCGUCCACUCAAGCCCAUGUUUAUCGUAAUGCCCUCCAAGCGACACUCAAACUUAUAUCUGUAGAAGAUCAUAUCAAGAAUUUCAGACCCCAAGUGCUAGUGCUGUCUGGACACCCAGAUAACCGUCCUGCUCUAGUGGACUUUGUGUCUCACAUCACCAAAAAAAUCAGCUUGAUGGUGUGUGGACACAUCAUUGUGGGACCACCAAAUGAAAACUCGCGGAAGAUAAUCAACACCAAAUCUGCAUAUGCUAGGCUGCACAAGAAAAAGAUCAGAGCUUUCUAUGCCGCUAUCACUUCUCCAAAUUUCAGGCUGGGAGCACAGAAUUUGAUGCAGACUGUGGGUUUGGGGAAGAUGCAGCCCAACACACUGAUCAUGGGGUUCAAAUCCGACUGGAGGAAUGUUCAACCGACGGAAGUCGUAGAUUACUUCAACGUUAUACAUGAUGCAUUUGACAUGAAGUAUGGUGUGGGCAUCUUGAGGCUACAGGAAGGAUUCGGUCUUGACUUGGACAUGGAGACGACUCUUCUAAACGACUACAACACAGAAGAUGAACUGAGUGAUGAUGAUGAGAUCACCCCGGACGACACGCCCCCCUUGCCCGGUAGCUCGGAGCUGGUGCUUGACAAGCCCGGUAGCUCGGAGCUGGUGCUUGACAAGCCCGGUAGCUCGGAGCUGGUGCUUGACAAGCCCGAGGCCAGUGCCGCAUCAAUUGUCAGCACGGAGAAACACAUGGUCAAAGUGCAUAUUCAGAACGGGCCGGGGAAGUCGAAGAAUAAGAUCAACAUAGAGGUGAUCAAGUCGAUGAACAAGUUCGCCAGGAAGCAGAAGAGAGGCACAAUAGAUGUGUGGUGGCUCUUUGAUGAUGGAGGGCUGACAUUACUAAUUCCGUAUAUUCUGACAACGAAGGCUCACUGGAGAGGCUGCAAGUUGCGUGUGUUUACAGCGGCAACGAAGAAAGGUGAACUCGACCGGGAACAGAGACAAAUGGCAACUCUGCUGUCUAAGUUCCGUAUAGACUACAAAGACAUGGUUAUCGUGGAUUUAGCCAAAUCUCCCACAGAAGAAAGCCAAACUGAUUUCCAGAUGUUGCUGAAAGACUGGGUGCUUGAUGAGAAAAACGGUGAAACUAAGGAAAUGUAUCCUUGGAAGACGACACAGCAGGAAUUGAGCCUCUUGAAAGAAAAAACAAACCGUCAGAUAAGACUUGGUGAACUACUUAGGAAACGAUCAUCUGAAGCAUCUCUUGUUGUUAUGUCGUUGCCGAUGCCUCGUAAAUCGACCUGUUCUGCAGGACUCUACAUGGCCUGGCUUGACACGCUUACGAAGAACAUGCCACCCAUCCUGCUGCUCCGUGGAAACCAGACCAGCGUCCUCACCUACUACUCCUAGUACUUAGCAAGCACCUGUAGUCGAAUCUAAUACACUUGGUUUUAGACCAGUGUGCCGACCCACUGCUCCUAGUUCUAAGCUAGCUCAUGUAGUCCAAUAACAACUGAUUGUUCACGAAUCUAAUAUACUUGGUAUUAGACCAGUGCCUCGACCCACUGCUCCUAGUUCUAAGCUAGUUCAAUUGUUCAAAGUCCGAUUGUUCACUGGAAUCUAAUAUACUUGACUUUAGAGCAAUGUCUCGAGCCACUGCUCCUAGUUCUAAGCUAGCUCAUGUAGAGAAAUAAUGUUAAUGGUUUGAUGUAAUCUCUGUCAUCGCCACGAACAAAAAAAAAUCAAGGUGAGCUGAAGAUUACAUUCCUAAAAUGGUGCUAGACGAACAGUCGCAUGAAGUUUCAAAGAAUGGUUCAGUAAAAAAUGAAUUGCAAAAUGAGGAAGUUGCCACUCGCCACAAACUUUACAAGUGAGUGUGAUGGGGUGUGAGUGAUUGUUUGCCUUUCCUGGCAAAGACGGUAAUUUAAUACUCAGCAGGUUUGUUAAGUGACAUGAAAACCGACUCUUCAGUGUUUUUAUACAGCUUGGCAAACGGGUAGAAAAAUAACAGCUGAAUGUUUGUUGUGAUCUUAAAGCGCAAAUUCCAUUAGUUAGUAAUUCCAUCGGACUACAGACUGGUAGGUACAGGGUUCUCAGCCCGGUACCGGCCCCCACCCAAAAGCGAGUUCUUAAGGGCUCAGUGGGUAGGUGUAAGGCCACUACAUCCUCUUCUUUCUCACUAACCA